CAAAAGCAUGGUGUUUGUGGUAGUUCACCUUUCCAUCAAGGACGGCUAGAGGCAUUGGACAUUAAAAUUCUGGGACUUGGCUUGGGCAAAAAAUGGUCAAAAAUUCUUGGGACUUCCCUGUGGUGCUUUGCCGACUGCAACCUGCAUACUGUUGAUGACUUGACGGGUAAAGCAGAGCACAAAACUCUGGCACAGAUGUAUUUAGCAGCUGUGGGAUAUUCAAUCCGGUGGGAAUCGCAGGAGCUCUGGGAAAGCAAACAGAAGAAGAAAGCUGUAUUGCCAAGUGAAGGCAUUGUUGUGUAUGAGUCACUGAGUUCCCUGGGCCCGCAAUUUGUGAGUUACAUUACCUUGCCAGGAGGAAGUUCCUUUGGUAACUUUCAGAGCCACUUAAACAGAGGAGAGGCAAGAGAUGCUGAAAAAAUGGCUCUGAUCAACUCAGUCUUCAAUGAAUUGCCUUGUCACAGUUUCUCAAGGGAGUUCAUCAUGGAAAGUGUUCAAGAGACUGUUUCCUCAGCCAGCAUAAGCGACCUGAUGAUCAUCUUUCAGCUUCUGCAUUGGAAUGGAAGCCUUGAAGCCCUACAUGAAACAAAGUGCUCCUGGGGAUAUACAGGAUCUGAAGCCCGUUACACUGCAACUGAAAAAGAAAAAUUAGCAGCAUAUCAAGGAGGUCGAGCUGCUUCAGAAGCAGGUGGUACUGAAGCACAGCUCUUUUUGGCACCUCAAUUGCCUAUGUUGGGCUGGAUGUUCAAAGAGAGAGUGUCCUGUAUGCAUCAUGCCACUGAGGCUACAUGGAGUAAAGUAGGUUGUGCUGGUAAUGCAAUGGGCUUGGAUGAGAAAUCCCAACCACUCAGGAGUUCUGGAAAUGAUCAUGGACGGGACAGAGGGCCAAAUCUUUGA